CGUUUUGGCUGUCUGUCUUUCAAGCCCAUAUAAAAACUUCACCAUCGGUCACAGAAAUCAAAAUCUCCGAAAGAGAGACUAAGAGAACUAGAGAGAGUAAGACACUAAGAUAAUAAGAGGUAGAGAGAUGGUGAGAACUCCAACUUGUGACAAGAAUGGUCUAAAGAAGGGAACAUGGACACCAGAGGAAGAUCAGAAGUUGAUAGAUUAUGUUGCUAAUUAUGGAUGUUCCAACUGGCGACAACUUCCCAAACAUGCAGGGUUGUCAAGGUGCGGGAAGAGUUGUAGACUACGUUGGAUAAACUAUUUACGUCCGAAUGUCAAAAGAGGAAACUUUACCCAAGAAGAGGACACGCUUAUACUAGAAUUGCAUCAAUCGCUUGGAAAUAGAUGGUCUACCAUUGCGACACACCUACCUGGAAGAACAGAUAACGAGAUUAAAAACCACUGGCAUUCAUCCCUAAAGAACCGUUCAACUGCUUUUAUAUCUAAUCCAACCAUGGGAUAUGGUUUCAGGAGGGGAAGUAGUUGUAAGGAAGAUAAGAUGAAUGAAGCUUGUGAUAUUGACUCAGUGUUGGAUCUUUCUACUCAUAACAUACUUGAAAGCAUGCCGAUCCUUAGUGGCCCACUACCAAUAUCAACGAGCAUAGCGUCAGUGUCUAACACGGCAUCUUCAAGCACGAACUCCAAGAGUUUGGGUGUGGAAGAUGAUGCUUGUUCUAGGCAAGUGGUUGGAGUAAGCAUGGAUGAUUUUUGGACCGAACCAUUUUUGCAAGAUUUCGAUGGCAGCAUUAAUAGCACAAGUGAUGAUUUCUUGAAGCCAUUGCUUGACCUUGGGAUUUUAUUUCCACAAAGCCCCAUUGAUGAUCAAGAAAAUUUCUGGUUGUAUGGGUUAGAAAUUGAACAAACAAAUGAAGUACAAUGGUGAAAAACCUUCCAUUUUGAUCUCAACUUGUUCGUUUUCUUUCACUCUUAACUUUGUUAUUUGUUUAAUUUUUAUGUCUUGUAUUUUUUUCCCCUCUUCACUUGAAGCUCAAUGCCAGCAACAAAGAAAAAUGAUUGGUCCCACAUAACCAUUAUCCACAUUUUUUUAAAACAAAAAGUAUGGACCAUAGGAUAAAGGUAAAAAAAAGGCCUAGCUAAUAAGCUAGU